GCACAAUGCAAGCGCGUGUUUGUUUUGCAUGGUUUCGCAAGUUCUGCGUCGGCUUGCGCUCCAGCCGCCGUAGUGGUCGUAGAGCGUAGUUGGAGUGGUCGUUCAGUGAACUCGAUUACGCUCGCAAUGUUUACCGCAAGUAGUGCGGCGGAAACGUCUUGAACGUCUUCUGUGAUUUUAUCCUGGUCACAUGUCUGGCACCGAGGGCCCGUUAGCUGUAGGUAUGCCACUCUUCAAGAAGUCCAAGGAGUCCGACGAUUAUCGAACCAAGUUGCAGCGAAAGCUGUACAUCGCCCAGGAAAGUCCGGACAACACUUUCGAUUUAUCCGAGUGCGCACUCGGUGACGUGCCGUCCGGCGUGUUUUCCAAGUGUCGCGUGUUUCGUAAGACGACCUUGAUACUGCGGAACAACAGACUGACUUCGAUUAGCGGAGGAGGUUUGUUGAAAGAUCUUUGUGACAUUACCGUGCUCGACUUGGAAAGCAACCUCUUGGCGAAAUUACCCGACGAGUUCGGUUUCCUUCGCAGCCUAGUCGUGCUCAAUUUAAAGGGCAACGCCCUGAAAAAAUUGCCUGGAAGCUUUGCAAACUUGACUAGUUUGCAGUCGCUGAACCUAAGUGAUAACAAGUUCAAAGACUUUCCGCCGCCGAUUCUCCGAUUGCGAAAACUUAGGCACUUGGAUAUAACGCAAAAUGCCAUCACGAAACUGCCGAACAACUUCUUCGAGCUGCGGUCGCUACGGUCUUUCGUCCUGGACAGCUACAACUUCAGCUUUCCCGACGCCGAAGUUUGCGCGCAGCCACUCGAAUCUCUUAUGCUCCACUUGUGCAAUCUUGCAGGCGUUGAAUAUGUCCCUCCAGUUGAUGAGCCUGACACGAACGACUGUAAAGACGAGACUGCAGCGACCGCUGCGUUAAUCGGUGUUGACCUGGAUGACCAGUACAAGCAAUUUGAAGAGAGGAGAGAGAGGCGACGCCAGGAGCUGUUGCAAAUGGAAGAGGAGCUGAGAGAGAGCGCCGUGAACCGUGCUGCAGUCUCGGAACUCACGAACAAACACCGGCAAGAGCUGCUGCUCGAAAUAGCACGUGAACAGGACACCUUGGAAGACGCCAUCUUAGAGGUACAAAGUAAGAAGGACAUAGAGAAGCAGAAGCUCGUAUCGCUACUACUGCACUUGGAAAACCAUUCAGCCGAGCUGAUUCAGCAGAUUUCCAACGACAUGAGGUUGAAGAACUCCGAAAUGCUGGCACGCGCUCUAGAACAGGAGCAACUGGAAAUGAAGGAACUCUUCAACAUGCAACAGCAGGAAAUAGACAGCUCUCGGCGUAAGGAGAUUCUGCGUUCAAUGGCCGAAAUGCUGCACCAAGAGGAACAGCAACGCCUGUACAGACAAGCCAGGGACAGCAUAGUUAAAGGAAUCCAGGAAGAGGAAGCAGCUUGCGACGAGUUGCUGAGAGGCGCUAUAUUCUCCAAAACUAAGCAGCAGGAUGAAACGCUCAGUCGCAUUAUUGACGAGGAGAGAUAUCAAAUGGAGGCAUUCAAAGCGCUGCAGUUGAGGCACGACUACACGCACCGUCACCUGAUGCAGCAAAUCAGGCUGGUCGAGAAAGAGUUGAAGAAACUGACAGACGUCGAGUUGAAGAAACGCGAUUUCAAAGUCAUGUCCGACCUCGAUGUCCUCUCCAAGCAUCGCGUCGAGCUCGCUUAUCUUCUUUCUCAGUUGCUCGACGAAAAAGCAACGCGGGAGAAGCAGCUGCAAGAUCAGCUGAAGGCUAUAGAAGCUCACAGAAGGCAAGAGAUGAACGAUUUUUGGUUGAUACAGUACCAGAAACUUCUCGACAGGAAGCCGCAAGACAUAUGUGACAUGGAUGAGAAGUUAGACCCACGCAUUCGUGACGUCCUGCUUCUGGCCAACGCGUCACACUAUGCCACACUCUUUGCAAGCAAGGAUUUAGACUGGGAGCACUUCAUCGAGCUGGAGUGGAAAGACUUUAGGAGCCUGGGAAUCAACUCUGACACUGUUGUACAGAUGAUGCUGUCCGCAAGAGAGCAGUAUCUCAGUGAAUGCCCAACUGUGAAGCCAAGUGCGCCUUCUCCGGACCAAUCGCCUCUCGACGAAAAAGCUGCCGCUGCUGGUGACAUUUCAAUAUUACAAGUGCCUGAGCUCAGGCUCUGGUGUAGCUCUGAGUGUGUCAUUUGCUUUGAGGUGACGAGGCUGCUUGUAUUUGUCCCAUGUGGUCAUGUCUGCUGCUGCGAACAGUGUAGUGCGGGAGUGAACCAGUGUCCUCUGUGCAGAGCAGACUGUCGAGGGCAAAUUGUCGGCCACGUAACUGGUUGUGCACAAACGUGUGUUCGUUUUCCUUUUCUUUUUUGCAUAUCUAUGUUAAACCUAGUCUCUGCUUCAAGCAUGUGGUUGUGCGCCUUUUUCGACAGCAGCGUAUUUGCUAUGGUGAUUACACUUUUAAUGUGUUUGCGCCCAAACUACCUCCUACUGCGAGAAUGUCAGGCAUGCUUUUUUUUUUUUCCAAUCGAAUGACAAAGGAGAAAGUGCCGUUUGCUGGUAGCUUUUAUAUUCCUGCAUAACUAGCUAACUUGAUCAGAUUGAAUGUGUUGUGCGAGUGUGCACUGUCAACUCACAAUUCAAACUGUUAGCGUCCACGAAUCUUCGUCUGAAGUUUGUAGAAAGUAUGAUAAAAAAAAGAAGAAAAAUUGAUUCUUGGCGAUAACUGGUAUGCUCACAAAAACAGUGCUACAAAGUUGAUCGGCUACUGCUAAGUUGCACUUUGCAGAAGAGAGAGCAUCGCAUAUGUUGUAUGCAUAUUCAGUUAUGAUAAUGUGACGGAAUUAUGGUGUCUUCUAAAGUCAUAUCUGAGAACAUGCAGGACAGCUUUAAUAUCACACUUAGCUGCACUUUUAAUACACAUUCCUUUGGAAACCCCAGAUUAGCCAUUUCAUACAGGCCUUUUCAGGUGAACCAAACAGUUUGAACUACACUAAAGUCCUGAUCACAUUAAAUUAUUUUGAACGUGCAUUGAAAGACAAAUAUUAUAUUGCUUGAAAUCAACUUAAAUUUUGGAUUAGCAGAAUUCCAGUAAUUGUGAGUCAACUGUGAUGCAGACAGUUUUUUUACAUUCAACAAAAAAAUGUCCGGUCAUGUUCUAGCACUUACCUGACACUGCAAACAAACCAGCUUUGCCAGGACAGUGAGCAUGCUAGCAUGCUUGUAUGCUGCCUCUCUUGGUGGCUGAAGGUUCGGCAUUGCGUAGUGUGCUUAGAAACGAACAAAACUGUGAUGCCUAUAAGUGCCACCCCUGUCACACAACUGCUUUAACUGCUCAUGGAAGCCAAUUUCUACUGAGAUUUCGAGCCUAACUGGCUCAUGUCACUGCCGCAUAAUAGCUUGGAUGUAUAGCUGUUAUGAGUGUUUUUUUUUGUUUGCAAUGGCAUGGUGGCAAUUACUCCAAGCUCCUUUUUACAAUUCUGCUACAUCUAGUUUCUACAUUCAAGACUGAUUGUUCAUCUUGCGUCAUACCAUUUUAACAUACUACAGUUAUUGAAAAUUUAAAUAGUCAAAUUAUUGAAUGUACGAUUAGUAGACCAGAGUAGAUUUAGUGGCUUGUAUAACUGCACCUGGCCAGAAUUCAAAGGCUAUUGUAAAGCACUCCUCUAGAAAAUAUUGUCAUUCUAAUUUCGUGCUUUACUCAUGUUAAUGUAUGUUUCAUGCACUUAAUUUAGAUCGCCAUGCUAGGUGCCCCUGCCAUGUUAGUGUGCCAUGCUAGUGAUAGUGGAGUUUUCAUCACAAAAAUCUUUAGCACGCUGCUGUAAAGUGAACAUGUUUUGCGGGUUGACCUUUAGAUCUGUGUAUUGUCACUGGCAGCUCUACAAGACAACUGUCGCCAUCUUCGAGGGUCGUGCUGCGAAAACUUUUAAUGCCGCUUAUUAUUGGCAAUCUUUAAAAGGGCCCUAGAAAACAUUUUCUUGAAAAACGAGCAACACGCUGGAAUGAAUGUGAUACCUUUCAAGGAAUAUACUAGUCUUGCCCAGAAAAAGGUUUUCGAACAAGACCUAAUGUGAUAGAAGAUAUGAAGAGAAGAGUACUAUGUCUGCUUUCUCCAUCACCCUUGAGCUUAUCAUUACCUCUCAGCUAGGGACGUACAUGGCAAUAGCAGUUUGUGCCCAUGGCUCCUUUCUGCAAUCGUUUUUUUUUGUGACACACUUAUGGUAACUUUUCUGAGAUUGAAACCAGAUGAAGCGUCAGAGAAAGACAAAGAAGUUAUGACAGGAUUGGUGGAGCACACCAACUGCCAAUCCCCAUUUCCCCAACAGUCUGAUAACGUGUGAAUGCAUGUGCAAGCCGGUACUUGGGAGCUGUAAUUCAUAAUCAAGACCAUUUGCCAAUGGCUGGUAUUUAUGGGCUGCCACCGCCAUAUGCGAGUUGACUGGAAUUGUAAAAAAGUGAUGAGGAAGUCUGCCUUAUGACGGUCAGACAGGUUUGUGUAAGGUCAUUGGAAAAAAAAAAUCAUUCCCAGCAGAUGUAUGCCAGAUUGAGGAACUGAUGCAUCAAAAACAGUGAAGCUCUAUGAGCGAGUUCUUACACUGUUCGUUAAGAGUACUUGAGGUCUACUGUUCGUUGGCUCUACUUAGUAAUGAUAUAUCGUUAAGGCUGCCUGCACAUUCCCUUCAACAUCCUAGUCAUAUGGCAUCUUCAAGGCUUUCACAAAGAUUGUGUUGACUGCUUUUUACAUGUACCUUUACUUUACCUGCACUUCAACUGUACCAUUAUUUUCACCUGCACCUGUACCUUCACCAUCGGCUAAACCCUGACAGAGAGCCAGUAAAGCACGACGCAAGAAAAAGAAAUUACAGAUUACUGGCUAAAAACGCCACACUAAGGAGGUGUAUUAUCUCUUCAUGUGGGGUACUAUGCACAAAAAGCAACUUGUCUCUUGUAAUCAUUGAUAACUACAUGCAAGAAUAUGGGACUGAGAUUCGGAUUCCAUUGACUGGUGCUGUGCAUGCCUCUGCAAGCCGGCCUUCAUCGCAUGAAAACAGCUGCAAAACUCUCUUUAGCAGGCUUGCUGGUUGAGCCGAGAUUUCAAAAACUACAGAAAAGAGCAAACAAUUUGUUAAGGUAGAUUGUCAGUCCUUUGGUGCGUGCAGUGGGUUAAAAUUCAGCUUGAUUGUUUGUGGCACUAUUGGCUACUGAUAAACAUUUUCUUGCUGCUUUUAGAAAAUGUUUCAGGGCCACCUCAGUGACUCCACUCCAGUCAUUUCAAAAGAUUUAAGGGCGCACGAUCAGCAUAGAUGAGGGUCGUAUUAAAGCGCCUAACCUCAUAUCUGGCAAUGGGCCAAAAUCGCAACACUUACUUUGCAGUUUUAUAUCUGCAUGCCGCUGAACACUGCAUGUUUAGUCUGGUUGGCGUGUGAACGGAAAACAGCCCUUCUCAAAACGGCUCGUGGAGAGAUUGUGCUUUAUGUUCGAACCACAUUUUCUGUAUAAAAAGGUGCAGCGGCUAAUCAAAAGCCAACCUAUGUUGGUGGGGCUAUAUCCAUCAUCAAAGUUUGCCAAAACAAUUGUGUAUUUUCAAUACAACUGGAGUUAGCCGACUAAUUCAUGUUCAGUACGCAAAGGAAAAUCUCUGUGAUAUAAGCCCAACUUUUGUUGACCUUCUUUAAAAAGUUCAAGUUUGUAUAGGAUGUAAAAGUGUCCUGACAGGUGUUUAUACAGUUAUGUGCAGUAGAAGCCUUGUUAAUUUCAUGUUUGAUCCAGAUGAGAUUUCACAAUGAAUAGCAUGCAGGUCCAUUGUUCAGUAAUAGCACGCGAACACUCGGCAUCUUCUGGAAUUAGCGAAGAAAAGUGGCAAUAAGGAGUUCUGGCUAGUCCAUAUAUAUAUAUAUAUAUAUUUUUCCAGAAUAAUGGAUACUGGGUUAGUUGAGACAUAGAUAGCAGUAACCACACUGGUUAAUGACAUCUAACUUUCUGUCCAAUGGCUUUGCAUUAAAUGGAGAAGGAUGGAACAAAAGAAAACUGCACUCUAAUGAUUACAUCACUGCUAACACUAUACACCAGCAGCUUUGUAAUAUGUGGUUGGCCAUUGCAUUGAUAAGCUUCGUGUCUAUACUGGUCUCACUUUGUGUCAGAAGACUGUGACAUUAGUGUUGAGAGUUUUUUUACACAACACUGUGUGUCGCAACACAACUUUGUGUCACGAGUGCUGCGUCUCCCAGUGCUGCUAAUCUUGUGUGUCCCUCCAGUAAACCAUUGUGCAAAAGCAGGCUCAAACGUAGCAUGACAUGCUGGCAACAGACUUAGAACAUGCCCCCUAUAGAGGUGCUCAUCUUAUGGAAAUUGACAUGUAUGACUUUGCUUUGCCUCGCUUUUUUUUUUAACGCUUUACCUUGCUAAAGUUCCUGUCAAAGUGCUCAGCACCUACAUCCCUACAUCUGGAAUGACAAAAUACGUUGCCUUAUGAAGCAGUUUCAUCCCAUCUGAAAAUGCAAGGUGCAAGGAGCAGUCUCGGACAAAUUUGCCAGCAAUUUUUCAGUGCACUGGUAGAGAUGUAGAAAAAGAAAGGAGUAAGAAAUGUCGUGAAACACAACACCCUCCGUGAGAACUGUGAAUCGGAUGAGUUGGCAUUUGCUCAUUAUAUUUUUUGCCGUGCAAAUCUACACUCUAGAAAGAACAGCAUUGUAUUUUGCUUAGGCCAGUUUUACAGUUCCUCGACAUAACAAAUUGCGCAAUUGCUUGGAGUUUUAUAAGUCAAGUCUGUGUUCUCAUACAAGUCUCAGUUUGUAACUAACGAUUGCAUAGGUAUGCCGGAAGGCGAGGGCUGGGGAGGGUGCAAACGCCUCCCCCCAGAUAUUUAGUUUGUAUGCAUAUAUUUGUGCACAAACAUACAGACACAUGGACAUACAUAUCUACACCCCUCAAGGAUAGCACUAUCACAUUUGCAUACUUGUAUCGUGGAUCCCUCGUAAUGCACUUCAUAUCAGAUGUGCUGAAAGAGUAUAAUUAAGAGACGAUCUCUCACUUUUGCAAAGCUACCUGUACAGUGUCCAUUUUCUAGUGUGAUUGCAUGACAUUGUGCAGCAUCAUUUUAGUGGAUAUAAGUGCAGCAAGAUUGAAAUUUCACUACCACUCAUAACAUGGCUUUCUGAGAAUGUGAACCACAUCUAGAUGUCCAUUUGACUCUAUGCUAACAUUUAACGGCUCAACGAGCUAUGAACUUGCUUGUGUGAGAAGAGUGUAUAUCAAAUAUGUUUAUGACUUUAGAGUGACAGCAAUGGACCCUUAAGUCAACAGAUUUUGUUACAUCAAUUGUUUCGUCCAAACAUGAUAUGCCGUACAGCAUCUUUUUGUCGUCAGCAAUCAAGUUGGGAUAGUGGUUGCUGACGUCAUACGAUGGUGCAGUGUGGAACAAAUGAGAACAAAAGAAACUGCCGAGUGUCUGUUGCUCCGCUUGAGGAGUGUGUGCAUACCAGAUACGACCAAUGGCAGAUGUUUCAAAGCCACUUCAUGAAAGACGGGAAUAGCAACUAGGGACCUCUGGCAGAGCUCUAAAGCUUGAGGGAUUAAAGAGAACCAUUCGUCUUGGGAGUGGCAUAGGCUUGGAAGAGCUUCCAGUAACAUGUCCUGAAAACCACUAUAUUGGAGCACCGCUCGAACUUGAGAUUAUUGGUGAAAACUGUUAAGUCAAGGAUACCUGCAGUGAGCGUGACGAUGAUGUUUGUCUUGUCUGCUGUUAAAGAUGGCACAUUUUACUUCUGUGAUUUCACUUUUCACGUUUUUAUAAGCUGUCAUCUGUUGAUGCUUGCACUUGUGUGUAUACACUUCCUGUGGUAAACACAAAAAGUAGUACCUUGUUUUAUUGCUUCCGAGACUGCAGAGUGAGGCUGUGACAAAUAAGUUCGGUAAAAACGUGGAGUUCUUUUUUUCGCAGUUUAUUUUCUGUACUGCUACUACUGUCUGUGCUCCUAUCAUUGAUAGAGAUAUGGCAUGCAUACUAGAACAAAUAUGUUAACGAAAGAAUUUCUACAGUAAUUUUUAACCCUUUGCGUACCACUACUUUGCUUGGUUGUAAAAGUUCGCUUGAUAAUAAUUGCAGAUGUGACAGACACUGCAUUCAUAGAUACAUGCUUGGAAGGCAUACAGUGCAAUCUACAUUUUUCAUUACGAUGUUUAAUGCUGCCAUAACUGUAAUGAACUACUGAUAAGUGAAGUUUAUGCUAGCGACUUUUUUUUUUGCCACUCCUGUACAAAGUUAAUUUGAGUUAAAUGCGGUGAUCAAAUUAUUUUAUGCUUGCCAUAAAGAUGACACGUAACGUUUAGAAAGCUGGUUUCAGUAAUAAUUGUGUGUCAGGCAAAACGAAGUCAAAAUCUGUGAGGUGAAGCUGAUUAGAGUCUUUAGAGGGGGACUUCUAAACAUCCCAUACAACUACCUGGCUUUACUUUGUAUUGUAUGUGGAUAAUUAUCUGCAGUAACUAGAUGCUAGGCAGAUAGAUGACUGACAAGCUCAACUUUUUUCAGAAGCAAGCCAUGAUUUCGGACAGGGCUCUAGCCCUACAUACCCACUGUAUCGCUUGGUUUUAUUGAAAUUAUUUCUAAGCAUUUGUUAUUUACAGCAUAGUUAAUUCAGUAGAGUAAUAGUGCUGCACUGUGUAAAAAUGCACACUAUUUGAUGCAUCAUCACAUUGAGAGUGCUGGAGGUUAUGAACAUUUUGCCCUUGCACAUGUACAUAACACUGUUCCUCAGUGGUGAAGUUGAGUGCAAUUCAAA